AUGAAAUUUCUCUGCUUGCACGGUGCCAUUGGCAACAUUGAGAACAUCAGCAUUCAACUAUCACCCCUCCAGAAGGACCUGGAACGCGACCAUUCUGCCUCUUUCCACUACAUCAAUGCGCCCGUCAAGAUCAUCCCGCCCCCGGGCUUCGAGGAGUACUUUGGAGUCGGUCCGCACUACCGCUGGGCCGACGAUGGCGGUGCCGCCGAGGAUUCUAUGAUCAGUCGGGUGCGCCAAAUUCCCGUGGGCCAAAACCCCGAAGACGUGAUGCGCGACCUGGUCGGCGAGCGUGAUGUCGUCUGGCUCAACUACAAAGGCGUCAUGGACUAUCUCUACGAAACGCUCGAGGAACACCCCGACAUUGGCGGCAUUCUCGGCUACAGUGAAGGCGCCGCUAUGGCCGCCACCUUCAUCCUGGACGAGCAGAAGCGCUUCGAGGAAGAGGGCCGCGAACGCCGCAUCAAGUGCGCCAUGUUCUUCACCGGGUGGCCCCCGAUGUCACCAGAAAGGGGGGUUCUCUUGGCCGACGAGGUCGAAGAUCUUGUUGACGUCCCCACUCUCCACGUCGUCGGCGCAAAUGAUCCCUUCCGCCACGGUGCAUAUGCUCUAUACAAUGUCUGCGACCCGGACACGGCCACCUUUUUCGAUACGGGCAAGGGACACACCAUCCCGCGCUCGGGAUUGGUGAUUGACGAGAUGGCCAAUGCAGUCCGAGACCUCGUCGAGAAGUCUCACGGGGAGGAGUGA